ACUCGGCAUCCUGGUUCGUUAGUCUGUUUGUCAUUUGUUCAUCAACUACGUUCCGAUACCCAACCCAUUCAGUCGAAGCUUAGGCACAGCUGCUUUGGUUUACAAUGGUCAGCCGUGCCGGGCAGACUUACAUCGGGAAGAGCUUUAACUUCCGUCAUUCUGGGAGGGUGGUCACUGUACAGGAACUUCUCGGAGAAGGAGGGUUUUCGCUCGUCUUCUUGGUCACCACAGGUGCGAAUCAUCGCUAUGCUUUGAAACGUAUGUGUGUAAACAAUCAACACGAUCUUGAAACAUGUCGAAGAGAGAUUGCUAUUGUGAAGUCAACAUACGGUGGACACAAAAAUGCGGUGACUUUUGUCGACAGCAUGGAAACUGUGUUGAAGGGCGGAAUCUUUGAAGUGCUUCUCUUGAUGGAAUAUUGCAGUGGUGGUCCACUUGUAGAUAUUAUGAAUAAGCAUAUUGACACCAGGCUGACUGAAGACCAUUGUUUGAAGAUAUUCUGUGAUGUGUGCGAGGCAAUAGCCAAACUUCAUUUGAGGAGAAUACCUAUUGUACACAGAGAUCUAAAGGUAGAGAAUGUGUUACUGAGUGGUGAAGGUGAUUAUAAAUUGUGUGAUUUUGGAAGCACAAUAUUGGGGGAAGUGAAACCACUGGUGGAAGGCGUGGGAAAAGUUCAAGAAGAGCUCGACAAAUACACUACUCUUUCAUAUCGUUCACCCGAAAUGGUCGACUUGUAUAGUGGUUUAGCUAUUGGACCUAAAGCUGACAUUUGGGCUCUUGGUUGUCUCUUAUAUAAGCUCUGUUUCUUUACCUGUCCGUUUGGCGAUAGCAUUCUUGGCAUUCAAAGCGGAUCUUUUUCGUUUCCCGAUUCGUCACAAUAUUCAAUGGGCAUGCACUCUCUAAUAGCUUACAUGCUUGAACCAAAUCCGGCUAAACGGCCAAACAUUUGCCAAGUAUCUCAUAUUGCGUUCAAGCUACGUGGUUUGAGUUGUCCUGUACCCAAUGUCUUUAAAAUUCCGUUGCCCGAGAAAUUACCCGGAGUUCCUCAAGAAGUUAAACCAAGACAAAAGAGAGAUAAGACGCCAGUACCUGCCUCAACUAGUGCAACUUCUGAGAGGUCUGUGCCUUCCACGGGAACCCCUCGCCCUCGAGAAAGACCCGUUCCUGCGACUGCAACUUCUCUUACGCCACGAGAGAGACCAAGAGCCGGUGGAAACACCAGUUCUCUCCCUACACCCCAACAGGUUGUGGCACCUUCUAUGCAGAAACCUAUCACCAGAAGUCGCUCUGAGAAUAUCGGAAUGCCACCAUCUUCUCCCUACAUGGGUCAGUCUGUCGUUAAGCCUGUAUUUGCAUCAGCACAGCAUGGUCAUCUCCCGAAUUCCGUAGUUGCACAACCUGCUAUUCGAAAUAACAUUUUUGUCCACAAACAGCACGGUAUGCCUAUGCCACAACCAAGGCUCGAAGUAUCCGGCUCUUCUUCCGCUUUUAUCAAUCAGCAAGGACACGGCAAUUCGUUUCCACAGAGGGUACGUAACAACGCGUAUCCUGUUUCCAAUUGCCUCGCAGAGACAAGUGACCACGAAUUGCCUCCAUUUAGAGUCGAUAAACAGCCGUCUCGUUCGGAGUCGGAUUCUCAGCUUUCUAGUCACUACGCUGUGCCUGAAACAGAUGUCUUUGGUGCAAAGCCAUUCUGUGCUACAGUUCAGAAAAUGGAUGAUGCAGUUGAUUCAUUUGGAUCGGUUCCAUUUGGUGCUAUAGUGUCGACCAAGCAUCUUCCAUCUGGUGAUUCUCUUAGAUCAAUGACUGAUGCUUUUGGCUCUCUACCUUUUACUCCCAACAUCGAUGGAACAAGACCUUACUCAAGCUCUGGCUGUCGUAGCAGUGCUAGUGAAAACGAGAGAGAUGGAAUACGAUCUGUACUUCGUUCGUCAUCUGAGAGUCCUCCGUACUUGUCUGAUAAUGCUGUCGGUGCUCCUCAUGAUCGAUCUGGUUUCUACUUGCCCAUCACCGAUGAGCCGGCCAGGCCAAACACGGCUCCGCAGAGUCCAGUUCACGACAGGACCCUAUCUGGGUUGGAACCAUCUACUUCGCCUGCUUGUGGUGUUCCGAGAGUUGCCUCACUGAUUGCAAUUUCACAUCCAGAGGAACGACUUUCUCGUGAAGCUUCGCCUGUAUAUUCUCCUGAUGGAUUAGGAUCACGAAAUUUAGAUGCCACUACAGAAAGUCAUGCCACGCCUACAGUCGUCCUUACUGAUGACAAAGGGCUGGCGGUUGAUGAGUUCGGUGCUUUUCCCUUUGAGGCAGCAAUAGCCCAGCCGUCUCUCGACCCCUUUGGAUUUGAACCGUUUAACCCAAUAAAGGAGCACGUGCAUCAACGGUUUGGGAGAAGAGAUCGACGUUCUGUUCGUCUGUCUGGAUCUCUAGAAGAUCUGUCAACAGUAAUAGGAAAUCCAGCCGCAAAUAAAGAACUAUCAAGGGGCAAUAUGAGUGCUUUGGUGACACCUGGAGAUCUCAAGAAGGCAAAAUCGCAAGAGGUUCUCGCAGGGACUCCUGUUUGAGUAAAGAAUGAAAUUGAUGUUAUAAUAUUAUAUAAUUUUUGUUGUACAA